AUGAAGUAUUCACUCUUUGGGAAUUUGCCUGAUUCAGUAGGUAAGCUACUGCAUCUAAGGUUUCUUAACUUGUCUCAGAAUCAAAUACUAGUCUCACUUUCUGAUUCUAUUACUGAGCUUCAUAAUCUGCAAACAUUAGUUUUAAGUAAUUGCUAUAAUUUGAGGGAAUUGCCAAAAGAUUUUAGCAAAUUGGUAAAACUUAGAUACUUGGAUUUGAGAAACUGUGGCAAAUUGACUAGAAUGCCUUCAGGAAUGGAUAAAUUGACUAGUCUCAGAGUUCUGCCAUUCUUUGUGAUGGGUAAGUGUACUGAGAAACAAUGUGAUGAGGAGCUGAAAAACCUUAAAGCCCUCACGAACAUAAAAGGCAAUGUUUAUGUUGAAAUCGGAAGAAAUUACAGAAGAGUGGAAGGCAUGAAGAUAGAAAAUUCAGACAUGAAAUUUAAAUGCACAAAACAUCUAAUAGAGUUGAAAAUCAGAUUUGAUAGCAGAUGUGUUGAUUAUGACGGUGUGCUAGAAAUCUUGGAGCCACCUUCAAAUCUCAAAGGCUUCAUCUUGGAUAAUUAUCAAGGUAAAAAUAUUCCAAGGUGGGGAGGAGCAGAAUGUAACUGGACAAUCUCCUUUCCUCAUCUAGUCAACAUCGAACUCAUAAGCUGUACGAACUUGAAGGUGUUGCCGUCUCUGAGUACAUUACCUUAUCUGAAAUCACUGCUACUUCGCGGAUUGACUGAGUUGGAGUAUAUAGAAAAUAGAAACAAUAACAACACUAGUAGUGCAGGAGAAAUUUUGACAGCAUUUUUCCCUUCCCUUGAAUCACUGAAGAUUAUUAUUUUGCCCAAGUUGAAGGGAUGGUGGAGGGAGGACAACGAUGUUAAUCUACCAACAUUUCCUCGUCUUGCUGAAUUGGAAAUCCAACUGUGCAAAAGUCUGAUGUCAAUUCCUCCUUGUCCAAGCCUACAAGUUCUGACAUUGUGCGCCAACAAUAAAACUCUGCCUUCAAAUGUCAGAAUUUCACUGCAUGAUGCUAGAAGAUUAAGGAGUUUGGCCAUUGAUGAUGUAGACUAUCUCAACUCGAUCUUCUGCAAUGAUCAGUUGAGCAUCUCUGAAGACAUUCCUUGGAAAUCCCUUAAUCAGAGCCUCAUUUCCCUGAAAUUUUUGUUCUUGAGAGAUCGCGCUAUGCCAGUAUCUGCAAAUGGCGUUCAGUACUUGACCUCCCUCCAAACACUCAAGUUUUCUCUUUGUAAUUAUAUGAAAGCACUUCCAGAUUGGAUAAGCAACUUAUCAUCUCUUCAAUCCAUGUCCAUCAAGAAUUGCAAUGCCCUCGAAUCACUUCCUGAGUCAAUGAAGAAGCUCACCUCCCUUCAGAGACUUCGGAUUAAAUAUUGUUCAGACCUUGAAGAAAGAUGCAAAGAACCUAACGGAGAAGACUGCCCCAAAAUUCAACACAUCCCACAUGUUCAUAUCGGUUUGAAAACCCCAAUGGCUGAGCUCGGAAUCUCCAUUGCUCAAAAGCUCAUUGAAGUUACCGGGUCUGCGGUCUUCAAAGAGAUUUGUGGCAUUUGGGGCUACAAAUCUCAACUUGAAGAGCUCAACAAAACUAUCUCCACUGUCAAGAAUGUGCUCCUUUGUGCAGAUUCUAAGCAAGAGCUUUUGGACCAUGAACGGGACUAUAUUGAAGACCUCAAGGCUGCUGUUUAUGAUGCUGAUGAUCUAUUUGACGAGUUCCUCACUCUAGCUGAGCUCAAGCAGCUUAGACCACUAAGCAAGAGUGGUAAGCUUUUUGCAAAGGUAUGUAGCUUCUUUUCUUCUAAGAACCAAGUAGGUCAAGCUUAUAGGAUGUCUCGCCAGGUUAAGGACAUUAAGAAACAGUUAGAGGUUAUUGUCACCAACCAUCAAAAAUUUGGGUUUAGUAUUGACUAUAAACCUAUAGUUAGGAGAAGGGAGGAAACUUGUUCCUACUUAGAUGCUAAGGCUAUUAAUCAUAUUAUUGGGAGGGAGGACGAUAAAAAGGCUAUCAUAGAUAUGUUGCUAAGUCCGAAUAAUAAUGAUCAUGAAGAUGAUUGUUUCGUGACUGUUGUUGGAGUAGGAGGGCUGGGGAAAACAACUCUUGCCCAACUAGUGUUUAAUGAUAUAGAGGUUGUUAAAGAGUUUCCAGAUCCAAAGUUAAGGUUGUGGGUUUGUGUUGCUGAUCAAGACGGAGAGAUGUUUGAUGUCAAACUAAUACUUUGCAAGAUUCUAGAGUUAGUUUCCAAUAUCAAGCCUAGUAGCACCUCCACACUGGAAUCAUUGCAAAGGCAAUUUAAACAACAAUUAAUGGGAAAGAAGUUCCUACUUGUUCUUGAUGAUGUGUGGACCGAAGAUCAGAUAAAGUGGCAUAAACUGAGAAAUUUCUUGAUGUUUGGUCAAGGGGGGAGUAGGAUUGUAGUAACCACACGUUCACAUAUGACAGCCGAUAUUAUUGGGGGUAAGAAUAUUUAUAAGUUAGAAGGUUUGUCUCGAGAGAAUUCGUGGCGUUUGUUUGAGAUUACAGCCUUUGGAAAAGGACCUAAACACAUAAACCAUCUUGAAUUAGCUGAGAUUGGAGAGAAGAUUGUUGAAAGAUGUUAUGACAUUCCUCUUGCUAUAAAGGUUGUAGGGAGUCUUCUAUAUGGUCAGGGCAUAAGUAAGUGGAGGUCGUUGAAAGAGAGGAGUUUGACAGGAAUUGAUAAUGGUGAUAAUGAAAUAAUGUCUAUUUUAAAGCUUAGUUACCACAAUCUAGGAUUCUCGUUGAAGAGUUGCUUUAGAUAUUGUGCAUUAUUUCCCAAGGAUACUAAGAUAGAGAAGGAGAUGUUGAUUAGCCUUUGGAUAGCCCAAGACUACAUUGUGCCAUUUGAUAGAGGUCAAAGCAUAGAAGAUGCUGCGGAGGAACAUUUUUUGAUUUUGUUACGGAGAUGUUUUUUCCAAGAUGUAGUGAGGGAUAAAUAUGGUGAUGUUGUGUCGAUAAAAAUCCAUGACUUGAUGCAUGAUGUUGCUCAGGAAGUGGGGCUGGAGGAAAUCUCUGUAGUGAGUUCUACUACAAAUAAUUUGGGUGAUAGAACUCGCCAUUUACAAUAUGUUAGUGAUACUGAUACAUGUUCAGAAAGCUUUUUCUUCAAGGGUAAUAUUCGUUCGUUUAUUUGUAGCCAAGGAAUAAAGGAACUGCCGAAGGAUACACAAAUAGACAAUUGGAUGUGCCUAAGGGUAUUGGACUUGAAAUAUUCAAGUUUUGAAAGUUUGCCUGAUUCGAUAGAUAAGCUACUGCGUGUAAGGUAUCUUAAUUUAUCUUUGAAUCUUAAUCUUAAGACACUCCCUGAUUCUAUUACUGAACUUCAUAAUCUGCAGACAUUAAUAUUACGUUGUUGCUUUGAAAUAAGAGAGUUGCCUAGAAACUUUAGCAAACUAAUUAAACUUAGGCACUUAGAUUUAGGUGGAUGUUUUAAGUUGACUAGUAUGCCUUCAGGCAUGGAAAAGUUAACUAGUCUGAGAGUGCUACCAUUCUUUGUGGUCGGUAAGGGUAUUGAGAAACAAUGUGUUGGAGAGCUAGAAGAUCUAAGAUCCCUCACCAACAUCAGAGGCAGAAUUAACAUUGAAAUUGGUGAAAAUUAUAGAAAUGUCAAAGACACGAUUGAUUGUUUGAAGAGUACACAACAUCUCACAGAAGUUAUUAUUGAAUUUGAUGAUAACUGUGUUGAUCAUCAAGUUCAUAUGGAGAAGUUGUUACCACAUUCAAAUCUCAAGGGGUUCAUGUUGAGAAAAUACAUGGGUACGACGAUUCCAAGGUGGGGUAGAGCAGAAGAUAGUUGGGCCGUCAUCCUCCCACAUCUUGUCACCAUUGAGCUUCAAUUUUGUAGCAACUUGGAGCAGAUACCUUUGUUGAGUAAACUGCCUUAUCUGAAAUCACUGGUUCUUAUCAAUUUGAGCAAGCUGGAGUAUAUGGAGAGUACAAACAGCAACACUAUCAGGGAUGAAGAAGAAUUAACGACAUUCUUCCCCUCGCUUGAAUCUCUUGAGAUAACCAGUCUCAGAAGUUUGAAAGGAUGGUGGUGUGGGGCGCAGUUGAUUGCGAAUGGUGAUCAUCAUAUCUUGAAGAGGAGAUUGAAAUUUUCACGUCUCUCAAAAUUGAAAAUCAAUGGUUGCCAUAGUUUGAUGUCAUUUCCUCCUUGUCCAAGCCUAGAAGAUUUGGAGUUAUGUUUCAGCAAUGAAUCAUUGCUUUUUAAAGUUAACAGAAGGGAUGAAGACAAUGAAGCUGUUGGAAUUUUAUGGGAUGAUGUGAGAACAUUAAAGAGGUUGGUAAUCGAUAAGCUGGGUUAUCUCAAAUCUAUCAUUGGCAUGGUUGAAGACGACAUACCUUGGAAAUCUCUUAACCAGAGCCUCCGUUCCCUGAAAAUUAUGUUCCUAAAAGACCGUUUUAUGCCAACUUCCACAAAUGGCUUGCAGUACUUGACCUCUCUCCAAACACUCCAGCUUUCAUACUGCUAUACCCUGAUAGCUCUCCCAGAUUGGAUAAGCUGCUUAUCGUCUCUUCAGUCUCUGUCCAUCACAGAUUGUCCUUCUCUCAAAUCACUUCCUGAAUCAAUGCGGAGGCUCAGCUCCCUUCAGAGUCUUGAGAUCACUCGUUGUCCGUGCCUUGAACAAAGAUGUGCAGGACCUAAUGGGGAGGAUCAGCCCAAGAUUAAACACAUCCCACACGUGAAAAUCGGUGAGUCGUGAAGACUGUCUGAUUAUCUGCGGCAAUGGUAAUUCCAUCAGUUGCGUUAAUACACAUUUGUUGGGUUCUGGACAUUCAAACUCUGCAUAAAGCUAGACUUUGAACAGGACACCCGGUUUUGAGUGAAAUUCUUUCUGGAGUGAAUUUGUAUUCUGGUUUUCUAAUAUGAGGUGGAUGGCAUCUGAGUUGGACUUUUGGGGUGAUGAAUUAAGGUGAAUUUGAUAUGUUAUUGCUACUAGUGCAAGAAGCUGUGUUGGUUUUGGAUUUUAAUGCAGCGCGGUUGACAUACUAAAGCUACUACUGGGCUACUGGUACAAGAAAGUAACAAGCUUUUCAAAUAUUUGAUAUCAGAGUUUUAAAAUGCUGCUGCGCCAAAGCACAUGAUGCAUGGGUUGAUUUGGAGACCCUUCCUAGAAGGUGAGCCUUUUCAACCCUCUGAUGCUUAAAUAUGGCCAGGUUCAUGCUCUUUUAAGACUUCCCACUAGGUGUGAAUUACGUUCAAUAGUAAUAUUGCCAACAAAACCAUGGGUCCAACAGCUCGUUACCACGGCCAGUUCCUCCAUUCCUUGGAGUAAUUAGAAAACUGAAGACUGAUCGUUGCUCUAUAUUAAGAACACAUUACACACCCAGAAGCGCGCUGCAACUGGCAAAGUCACAUGCCUGUUCGGAGUAGAUACCCAGGAGCUCGAAUGAUUUUUUUUUUUUUUUUUUUUCCUUUGUUAUUGUGUGGUAUUGUACUAAUGAGGAGCAUCUGACUUAGCAAAAAUUGUGUUAUAACAAUGUUUGCUUUUCAAAUUCAAUUGCCCAUUACUCAUCUUAAUGAUUAUAGGCUGAACUUGUAUUUUAAAAUUUUGUAAUUAAUUACUAGUAGGAGAUUUAAGUCCUAUCUCCUUUGCUGAAUGGAGUUAAUCAUCUGCCUUUAAUAGUCAUAUUCUCUUGGUCUAGUGGAGCAGUGGUGUUGUAACCAUUAGGCAGAGAUAUGGCGCAAUAAUGAGCAGCAGUUUCCAUUUCAGAAAGAUGCAUUUCAGUGGGCACGAUUCAAUCUUAGCAAAUAGAUAGUCUUGCCAAAAAAAAAAAUAAGGUUGUCUCAACAUUGGAUGGCUCACAUGAAGUAAUGAAUAGUUAUGAUAAUUUUGGCAUGUGCAACAAAAUAUUGACACUUUAAAUAGGAUUAUAGGAACGUUUGAGCCUGUAUGUUAUGAUGCAUACUUGUCAUUUGAGAAUCUAUCACAUGGAGAGCCCUUUAGGCUUCAAGUUGUAUUAGAUUUUUUUUUUUUUUUUAGGUAAGAUGAAGAGUCCUAUUAAGUCGGAAUCCUUCACUGGUCAACCCGGUUUGGAUUAGCGGGCUAGACAAUUUGGGAGGGUGGGGGAAGGUAAGGGAAUUCCACACUCCAAAUUGUCAUUAGUGGGGAUUGAACCUUCAACCUCAUUGUUGGAAGAUGCUCUCCUUUCCACUAGACCAAGCUAAGCUUGGUAAAAAAAAAUGUUGUACUAGUUAGAUGUGUUGAAUAUCAACAACUCACAAAUGUUGUGAUUCAGAGAGUGAGGGAUAGCUCAAGUGAUUAGAGCUUAGUUUCAUGUGAUCCUGGAAUCGAUUUUCAUCACCCGCUCUUGUGGCUCUCUAAACACCAAAAAAACGAAUGUUGUGAUUAAGGUGUAUAUGGUGCCAUGUUUGUGCUACAAUACUUACUAAUCUUG